AUGUGGGGAACCCCUGUGUCUCCAAAUUUCGCCUCAUGGAUUGAUCAUGACUCGUAUGGGAGGCCAGAUGCCUACUCCUGCAGAGUACAUAAUGUAUACGCGUCUCAAAGCAAUGUUCUGACAACUGAAUCCAUCACAACUAUCACAAUGCCGCCCAUCUCAGCCUACAUCGACAAAGAGUACCAAUCCACACACUACACUCUCUUCAAAGAUUCCAUCACAGUCCCUUUGAAUUCGGUCCUUCCUCCUGGGGUCACGAAAGCUUCUUUCGACAGGGCAAUCCAAAAGUACAGAGAUGUGGUAGGCAAAGAGCAGGUAUAUCAUGGCGAUGAUUUAGUGGAAUACAUUGAUCCAUACGAGUUGCAUGAGGCGGAGGGCACUCGUAAGAUUCCCAGCGCAGCUGUACGACCACAAAACAUCGAAGAGUUGAAGGGCGUCCUGAAGAUCUCCAACGAGUUCGGCAUUCCUGUAUGGACUUUCUCAAGAGGAAAAAACCUUGGAUAUGGCGGCCCGGCUCCUCGCGUUACCGGCUCCAUUGCUCUCGACUUGCACCGCAUGAACAAAAUCAUCGAAGUCAACGGCGAGUACUCUUAUGCCGUCGUCGAACCUGGCGUAACUUUCAGAGAAUUGUAUGAAUACUGUGUUACGAACAAGCUCAACGUCUGGCCAUCCUGCCCAUCCUUAGGCUGGGGCUCCGUAGUCGGAAAUACGCUUGAUCGCGGCGUAGGCUUCACGCCCACCGCAGCACACCAUCAACACAUUGCAGGCGUCGAAGCCAUGCUUGCAAAUGGCGACCUCGUGCGAACGGGGCAAUUCGCCGUCUCAAAUUCGCGGUCAGCCCAUUUGUCUAAAUUCACAUUCGGCCCCUCCAUCGAAGGCCUCUUCAUACAAUCCAACCUGGGCAUCGUCACCAAAAUGGGCAUCUGGCUCACGCCUGCACCUCAAGCUUACAUGUCCGUCACAUUCGACAUGCCCGACUUUGAAGACGUCGAGACAAUUGCUGAUAUCUUCGGACCCCUCCGCCGCGAUGGCCUCAUCCCCAACACAGUCUACGUCUCCAACGUAACAGAAUGGCUCGGCAUGAUUGGGCGCCGCGAGGACUACUGGCCACACCAGACGCCGAUUCCAGAAUGGCGCAUCAAAGAGCUGCAGAAACAAUACGACCUGGGGUACUGGAACGCAAAAUUCGGACUCUACGGUGCAAAAGACGUGAUUCAAGCCCAUUUUGACGAGCUCAAGAGGAUCAUCAACAGAAAGACCAGCAAGGGACGGCUCAUCGGCAAGAUAUACUCUGCACCCGAAGGAGAAACCCUAGACCCAACUUCGGUCCCCGAAGUAGACGGCGGAUUCUUCGUUGGCAUCCCCAGCCUCUGGUCCCUGCCCAUGGUCAAGUUCCGCGUGCCCAAAGAAUCCGCCGAACAACCGAAGCCAGGCGUGGGCGCCCACUACGACUACUCCCCCAUCAUCCCCUCGCGCGGCUCCGAAAUCUUCUCCUGGAUCAAAACGGCCCGGGAAAUCUGUGAGCGGGAAAAUUUCGACCUCUUUUGCGACUUCUUCAUGCAUGAGCGGCACGUCAUUUUUGUGAACAUGUUUACGUUUGACAAGACGAAUGCGGAGCAUCGGCGCGCCGUGCAGACUAUUUUCGAUGGCUUGUUCGAGGCUGGCAAGAAGAGGGGUUAUAGCAAGUAUCGCAGUCAUGUUAACACUAUGGAUCGUGUGGCUUCGUUGUAUGAUUUCAAUGAUCAUGCUUACAGGAGGUUUGUGGAGACGAUCAAGGAUGCUGUGGAUCCGAAUGGUAUUCUUUCGCCUGGGAAACAGGGCAUUUGGCCCAAGAGGUUCAGGGAGAAUGAGAAGUUGAAGGCAAAUCUGUGA